GAUCCUGGAAAGCCCGGGCGGUCUGAAAGCAUUGGAGACGGUUGGCGUGGAUCCUGUGGGUCUGAUUGACUAUGCAGACCAAAUUUUUGCAAAGGAGCACGGCGAGGAAGGAACGCAAGAGACCGUCCUGUUCUCCCACUUCAUGAAUGAGAUCUUGCAGCUGCGGGGUACCAACACCUGCACAGUAAAG